AAGUCCAACGGCGGUGGCAAGAAGGCCAACGGUGGCAAGAACCCUAGGAAACCCAAUACCCCAUUCCAGAGGAUCAAGGUCGACCAAAUCGCCUACUCUGAUGAGCGGCUGAUGAACAACGCGUUCGAAUCUAGAGGCGCCGCGGUGGAUGACUACGGUGCUCGAGCAUCGCGCGACUUGAUCGUGACUCGCGGUGCUGCAUUCAGGAAAGAGAAGAACAAGAAGAAGCGCGGGAGCUACAAGGGAGGGAGCAUCACGGUG